AAAACAUAUAAAACGUAUAUUUUUCGAACGUAUUCACAUUAUCUUACUUGAGAAGCAGAAAAAAUCACAAAAUAACUUUAGAAAUGAAACUUUUAGUCCUUUUGGUUAGUUUGGUAGUAGUCAGCGCAUCAGACUAUGAAUUAUGGGAAGAAUUCAAAGUAAAAUUCUCAAAAUCGCACUCAUUAACUGAAGAUAAGCUACGUUUCGAAAUUUUUCAAAAUAACCUGCGCAAAAUCGAAGAGCAUAAUGCCAUGUAUGAAAAAGGAGAAAUAUCAUAUUUUCUCAAAGUAACUCAAUUUGCUGACUGGACUUCAGAGGAAUUCAAAUCCAUGCUGGGGGCUCAACUUAAUGGAAAGCCAGAAAUCAGUCCCAUAGGCACAUUUAAACCCGAAGCUAACUUCACCAGACCAGAGUCUAUUGAUUGGAGACAAAAAGGAGCAGUAUUAGGAGUUAAGAAUCAAGGACUAUGUGGCUCAUGCUGGGCUUUUAGUACUACAGGUACUCUUGAGGGUCAGCUUGCCAUUCACCGCAAUCAAUACAUUCCUUUAAGUGAACAGGAAUUGGUAUCUUGUGUUAAAGAUAACUUUGCAUGUAAUGGUGGUUGGGUUGACGUUGCCUACAAGUACGUACAACAAAAUGGUCUAAGUUCUGAAGAACAGUAUCCAUACUCUGGCAUCAAGGUUAGUUGCACUAAUAAUAUCGCCAACAAACCUCUCACUUCUAUUCAAGGAUAUUCCUUAGUUGGAACGAACGAAGAAGCAAUGGCCGAUGCCGUUGCAAGUGUAGGGCCAAUUUCGAUAUAUGUCAACGCUAAUGAUGAUUGGCAGCUCUAUGGAGGUGGUGUUUUCGAUCACAAUGACUGUGAUGAUGAUUAUAAUCAUGCUGUUAUGAUCAUAGGCUACGAUUCUCAAUCCUGGACCAUCAAAAAUUCUUGGGGUACAAGCUGGGGAGAAGAAGGCUAUAUAAGACUAAUCAGAGGCAAAAGUCAAUGCGGUGUUACAGUUUUUCCUAUUUAUCCUGUACUGUAAUCGAUAAAUAAAGUGGUUUGAAAAA